UCGGAUAGUCGCGUUUCCUCUUCAACCACAUUCUGUGGCAGCUUUGUUAUACAAUUACCCGCCAGUUUUGAAAGUUUGAUAGUUUGGUUGUUUCGAUUUUACUAAAGAAAUAGUCGCGGAAUUUUAUUCGAAUUUCCGAGGUUUUUCCUCGGUUUUAAUCACUUAUUUUAAUAAACGGCAAAAUAGAUUCUUCGAUUUGGGGAAAGGUUCGGUCCGGUCAAGGCCGGAGGAUGGGAACAGGAGACAGGCUCCUUGACAUUCCUUGUAAAGUGUGUGGAGACCGGAGUUCCGGAAAACAUUACGGGAUAUACAGUUGUGACGGAUGUUCGGGUUUUUUCAAGCGAAGCAUUCACAGAAACCGUGUUUACACCUGCAAGGCGACUGGCGAUAUGAAAGGACGAUGUCCUGUCGAUAAAACGCAUCGCAACCAGUGCAGAGCUUGUCGCCUGUCUAAGUGUUUCCAAGCCAGCAUGAACAAAGACGCUGUGCAACACGAGCGUGGCCCGCGCAAACCCAAACUGCAAGCAUCCUCCAACCAGCAAAUGCAGCCAUCGCCCGUGGGCCACAGUUUGCAGCAACACAUGACGACAGUGGGCGACAAGUUGCCCACAAGCUCGUCAUCUUUGCACUUCGCUCCGAGCAUUUUCGGACCACCUCGUCCGCUCAAAGCUCUAACUCUACCGCCACCGCCCGUCCCCAGUCCCACACACAUCGACGCUUUGCCGCCCUCAAUGUUCCACCCUCCGACGUUGCCGCCACCACCUGGACUCUUACACAUCCUAAUGUCGGCUGAAAAGUGCCAGGAACUCGUCUGGGGCACGAAACUCUCCCAGAUGGAGUCGCCCUCCUCCAGCGAGACCAACUCCGGGAUCAACAUCAGUCCGGGGAUUCCGGUGGCCCAGCCGCCGCCGAUCCCGCCGCUCCCGCUCACUCCGACUUGGGAGAUGUUGCAGGAAACUACAGCCCGGCUCUUGUUUAUGGCAGUCAGAUGGGUGCGGUGUUUGGCCCCCUUUCAGACGCUCAGUAAACACGAUCAGCUCCUGCUUCUGCAGGAAUCGUGGAAAGAGCUUUUUUUGCUGCAUUUGGCCCAAUGGUCGGUCCCGUGGGACCUCUCGGCCUUGCUGGGGUGCCCCCAAGCUAGGGAGCGCCUACCGGCCGAUAUUCACACAGCCACAGAAAUUAAAACCAUACAGGAAAUUAUGUGCCGUUUUCGCCAAAUCUCACCGGAUGGCAGCGAAUGUGGGUGCAUGAAAGCUAUAAUUUUAUUCACGCCCGAGACGGCAGGUUUGUGUGAUGUGCAGCCAGUUGAAAUGUUGCAAGAUCAAGCCCAAUGCAUUUUGGGGGAUUAUGUCCGCACUAGAUACCCCAGACAACCGACCAGAUUCGGACGACUGCUUCUUCUUGUCCCUAGUCUGAGAGCUAUUCGUUCACUUACUGUCGAAUUGUUGUUUUUCAAAGAAACUAUAGGCGAGAUUCCCAUAACACAGUUGUUAGGAGACAUGUAUUAUAUGGAAAAGUGUACUAGUGGCCCACCUUAAAUGUUGUUCUCAUGUCUUAAGAUAUAUCACUUUAAAUAUUUCAUGAAAGUUGUACAGUUUGAAUAGGUUCUGUGAUAAAAAUAUAUGUCUAUUUGUUGAUUUC